CUCAUAUUGAAACCGGUCUUUUCAAAGCAAAUCAGUCUCAAAGAUGAGUGAGGCUCAAGAUUCUUCGUCUGCUGCGGGCGCGCAGAGACAGGUGCGUGUGCAGCUGGUCAGCAAACAGGAAGAUAUUGCGCUUCCUGAGAACACCGGCCCUAUCUUGGUUCCCACUGGUCUGCGCAGAUAUGCACUUUCAACGCUAGUCAACAAUCUGCUAGGCAACGACAAGCCGGUACCUUUCGAGUUCCUGAUUAACGGCGCAUUCCUCCGGACUUCCAUCGAUGAGUAUUUAACGGCCAAUGGCAUCUCCGCAGAAACGACUCUGGAGAUCGAAUAUAUCAGGGCUUUGAUUCCCCCGCUUCACAUCGCUUCUUUCGAGCACGAUGAUUGGGUCAGUGCCGUGGAUGUGCUUUCUGCGACAUCGCCUGCUGCCUCUUGGGCAUCGUCAUCGGUCUCGCAAGGCCAGGAAAGAAUCCUCUCCGCCAGCUACGAUGGCCUGCUUCGUGUGUGGGAUAUGUCUUCUCAGAUAGUUGCAACAUCGCCAUCUGCUGUCGACGGCGGACACAGCGCAUCGAUCAAGUCUGCGAAAUUCCUCUCUCCCAACUCGAUCGUCUCGGCCGGUCUGGACCGCACUGUGCGGCUGUGGAAGUACGCCGAGAGCGAAGAUGGCUUCUCUGGAAAGAUCGCUCCCCAGCUUGAGCUCUACGGCCACAAGUCCGGCAUCAACUCAGUGGCCGUGUACGCGCCUUCAAACCGCAUCCUAACCGCCUCCUCCGACCACGCCGUUGGUUUCUGGUCGACCAAGAAAUCCGACGCCCCGGCUGCGCCAGAGAACCUCCUCCCGUCUGCCGCAUCCCGGAACUCCAAGAGAAGAAAAUUGAACUCCUCCAUCAGCACUGCUCAGCGUGGACCCCUGGCCUUGCUCUCCGGCCACACCGCGCCCGUGUCCGCCGCCAUUUUCGACGCCAAAGACUCAACCGUCGGCUAUUCGACCUCAUGGGAUCACACUCUCCGCACAUGGGAUCUGGUGACCACUGCCCUAGUCGACACUCGCUCGACGUCCCACUCGCUUCUAUCCCUCGAGCAUCUCCCCGAACACCACCUCCUGGCAACAGGAACUUCCGCCCGCCACAUCACCCUCAUCGACCCGCGUGCCUCCGCGACAACCAUUUCCGCGAUGACCCUCCGCGGCCACACGAACGCUGUGGUAUCCUUGUCCCGCGACCCGCACAGCAGCUACGGCCUGAUCAGUGGUAGCCACGACGGUACCUGCCGGAUCUGGGAUAUCCGUGCCACCAAGACAGACAAGGAUGGCGUGGUCGGAGAAAGUGUCUACUCGAUCACCCGCAAGAGCCUCGAAGAGGCGGGCAAAGCGGACGCCAAGCGUGUCGGCGGCGAGGGCGUCAAGGUCUUCGGAGUCUGCUGGGAUCGGUCCGUCGGCAUUGUUAGUGCCGGCGAGGACAAGCGGAUCCAGAUCAACCGGGGAGAAGGCGUUUUGUCCUCUGCGUAAAGGGGAGGAGGGUGGUUGCACAUAUGGUUUUCUGGCGUUUUUUCUUUUUCAUUUGUAGGAUGAAAAGUUUG